UAACAGUAAAUAUUCAUGAAUUAAUCAUCGACUUUGAAAUAUUUUAAAGUGUUUUCUACAAGUUAUAGCGACAAAAAUUCGGGGAAGCUUGGCAACGUUUUUCCUUCGCUGUCUCAGUUGCGCCCUAGCGAUUCCCUCGACCAAAUGAAGUUAGUCAGUGAGCGAGAGAUCAGUGCAAAGAGUGCGUGUGUGUGUCGACUCGAAUGGCAGCGCAAGCCAACAGGCGCCUGUGUUGUUCGCGGGCCGCAGUCGUGGGGGGGCCCCCAUCUCUAAUUCCCCCCGUAGGACCUCGUUCCCCAGAUUCGUUGCUCGACAUCACCGCUAAAACCGUCGCCGAAACUAUCCCUUUUCAGCGAAUUGAAGAACGCUAUGAUCGUAUACCGGAGCCAGUGCAAAGGAGGAUCAUUUUUUGGUCUUUCCCGAGAAACGAAAGAGAUAUUUGCAUGUAUUCUUCGUUAUCGAGGGUGCCCCCAUCCCCCGCGAGUGCUGUGAAUACUCCCGGACAAACACAUCAUGCCGAUUCGCAGAAUUUGUCUUUCUGCAAGGGAUUAAAACUAUUAGAAACAGGAUGUGUUGAUAAUGUAUUACAAGUCGGUUUUCACUUAAGCGGUGUUGUUACGGGUCCGCGGAAUUCCCCUACUGCCACGUUGCCAUGUGGUGCUCCUGAACCACCCCAAAAAUAUAAAGUUUCUGUUAGUUUCGAUAGGUGUAAAAUAACUUCAGUAACAUGCAGUUGUGAAACGAAAGAUAUUUUUUGGUGCCAGCAUGUCGUAGCAUUAUCAUUAUAUCGUAUAAGAAAUGCCGAAAGUGUCAGAUUACGUGUUCCCAUCUCAGAAACUCUCCUACAAAUGGAUCGACAACAACUACAAAAGUUCGUCCAGUACCUUAUAUCGGAACAUCACACAGAAGUACUUCCCACAGCUCAAAAACUCGCCGACGAAAUCCUUCAACAACGAUCGGAAAUCAAUCAAAUUCCUGGAGCUCCUGAUCCUACAGCGGGAGCCUCCGCUGAUGAUGAACAUUCUUGGCAUCUGGACGAAGAGCAGGUUUGCGAACAGGUCAAAAGUUAUCUUUCACAAGGAGCUUACUACAAUGCCAACAAACAGUUGAAUUCGUUAUUUUCAAAGGUUAGAGAGAUGCUGAGAGCACAGGAUUCUAACGGCGCACGAAUGCUGACCCUCAUCACCGAACAAUUUCUUUCUGAUCCCAGAUUGCAAAUGUGGCGUAAUCAAGGUACUCCUAUGACGGAUAAAUGUCGACAGCUCUGGGAUCAGUUGGGCUCUUUAUGGGUAUGCAUCGUCUUGAAUCCAAAUUGCACACAACAAGAAAAACAACAUUGGAAACAGCUCUUGGAAAAAUGGGCGGUGAUAGAUGUAUGUCCACCAGAAGAUCCAGAUUUUAGAUUACAGCAACAGGGAUCGAGAGAUUCUUAUUCAACUAGAGAUAGGGACCGUGAUAGGUAUGAUGAGAGGUACCGUGAUAGAGAUAGGUACGCUGACAGGGAAAGGGAUCGAAGGGAAAGGCGGGAUCGCGAUAGAGAGAGAGAAAGAGACAGAAAUCGUGCUAUGUACGAUUCAUCGGAUAGUUCAGAAGAUGAUGACGAAGAAGAUUCUAAUUCUUAUACUCAUAGGAAUAGUAAACGUCUACGUUUGACUGGUAAUUCCAAAUCACAACCACCUACUUUACCGAGAUCUAUAUUCCAUAGAGCAUUAGAUGCCGUUGGGAUGUCUUGGGAUAACAUGCAUCUUAAGAAUAUUUUAUCUAGUGAUACUUACUGUUCUCACGUUCCUGAUACCUCUAGUUCCGGUAGUUUUAAUUCACAAGGACAGCCGUUAUGGCACGAGUCAAUUCCUUUAUGUGCUGCUCGCGUCGAUUCUCUUCGUUCACAUGGCCAUAUGGAAGCAGCUCUUAGAUUGGCAGUUUCAGUUGUGCGUACAAUGAAACAACAACAACUAAUAGCACAAAGAAAAUGGCAUGAAAGUCAACAAAACACCAGUGCGAGUACCAGUAUUAAAACUCCACCUAGCUGCAAGGUGACAGCUUGUACUUCUCGAUGUCAAGGUCAAUGUACUGUUACUUCUUGUACUACAACAUCAGUAAAUGCGCCUACUAAUUUAGACGGAUGGGUGGGUCAUCCAUUAGAUCCAAUCGGUUGUCUCUUUGACACAUUGGCAGAUGCAUCUGUAGUACCAGAACACGAAAGACCUAGAACACCAACUAGUUACUUAGAUUUAGUAGGUAUGGAAGAUCAACAUAGUAAUCUAAGGCCUAGAUAUCAUCAUGUUCCUGUAGUUGGUUCAAGAGAUAGAUCAGAGACAUAUCUAACAUUAGCUUUUGAGAUAGCUCUUAUCGGCUUAGGUCAACAGAGAAUCAUGCCUGUAGGACUUUACGCACAGGAAAAAGCGUGCAAACAAGAAGAUCGUUUGAUUGCAAAACUUCAAGAAAUUGAAUUGGAUAAUAGUUUAGUUGCAGUCUUGCGUCGUCAAGCUAUAAUCCUUUUAGAAGGAGGUCCCACCAGUGGCUUAGGUAUCGGAAUCCACCCAGAAAGUAUUCCCAUGCAUACUUUUGCGAGAUUUUUAUUUCUAUCCCUUCUCAAUUAUUACCCAGAUUUAGCCUACGAAGUCGGUUUGAGGGCAAUGAGGUUACCUCUGUUAGAGGAACACGAGGACUCCGACGAUCCUUUAGGAGGUAAUCCAAGUAGUUCUUUGAUGAUGAGCAGAUCACCGAGGUGGUUUACUUUAGGACACAUCGAAACUCAGCAGUGUGCUUUAAGUUCGACUAUGCUGAGUGCAGCUAAAGGUGAGGUGAUGCGUUUAAGGACGGUUUUAGAAUCAUCUCAGAGACAUAUCCACAGUUCUUCCCAUUUGUUUAAAUUAGCCCAAGAUGCAUUUCGUUUCGCCACGCCGGAAAAUGGACCUAGACACCCAACACUACUCAGUGUAGCAUUCGAAUUAGGAUUACAGGUAAUGAGAAUGACAUUGUCUUCUUUGAACUGGCGUAGACGCGAAAUGGUGCGAUGGCUAGUAACAUGCGCAACUGAAGUUGGAGUAGACGCUUUAAUCUCCAUCAUGCAAAAUUGGUACCAGUUUUUUACAGCCACAGAAGCGACAGGUCCAGUAGCGACUACCAUUAUGUCUCACAGUACCAUCAUGCGGUUGAAUUUGAAUUUCGGACAGCAAGAAGAGUUGUCGAGUUGCGCCCGCACUCUGGCGCUACAAUGUGCCACGAAGGACCCUCCAAAUUGUGCCUUGAACGCUUUGACCUUGUGCGAAAACGAGGCUCUAGCCUUUGAAACUGCUUAUCAGAUUGUUGUGGAUGCUGCAUCUCACAUCAUGACGUCUUCCCAACUAUUUACCAUUGCUAGGUACAUGGAACACCGCGGAUAUCCUACAAGAGCUUAUAAACUAGCCAUGUUGGCAAUGAAGAAUGUCCAUCUAGCAUACAAUCAGGAUACUCAUCCUGCAAUAAACGAUAUCCACUGGGCGUGUGCUUUGAGUCAUUCUUUGGGAAAGACUGAGCUUUCAAAUAUGAUACCUUUAUUGGUGAAAAACGUCCAGUGCGCUACAGUCCUUUCGGAUAUUCUACGAAGGUGUAGCAUGACAGCACCCGGUAUCAGUUGUCCGCAUCCAGCUCCAUUAGAUGGUGGUAAACACCCCCACCCUCAUCGCGGCGGAAGAGGAUGCAGCGGUGGGGGUAUAAAACCACUUUCUUAUGACAGACCGCCUCUGAGGCAAUUAUUAGAAGCUGCAGUAGCUGCUUAUAUCAAUACUACGCAUUCUAGGUUAACUCACAUCUCACCUCGACAUUACGGAGAUUUCAUAGAUUUCUUAACGAAAGCACGAGAUACAUUUGUGUUGGCCCACGACGGUCACGCGCAAUUUACUCAGCUCAUAGAAAACAUGAAAGUAGCCUACAAGGGAAAGAAAAAACUUAUGUUCCUUGUUAAAGAACGAUUUGGCUGAUAUUCAAUGAAAAAAUGGUACGGAUAAAACAGGCUUGGCAACUUUGGAAAUUUUUCUCAACACCUAUUCAAAUUUUAAAGGGCAUUGCUAGAGUGGUGUUAAAAUGUGCAAAAACUAUUUCAUUGCAUGUAUAUUCUAAAUACUUUUAUAAAUAUUGAUUUAUCUAUUAUUUAUAUAUAAUUCAUGUUUAUAUAUAGUACUUGAGAAAAAUUUUUGUUAUCAUUUUUGCUACAUUCUAGUUACAUCACUAUUAAUGUUUUGACAUUUUUGAGGUUACGUAUUUGUUCCAAAGCAUAUUUAUUGUUAUGGUCCAGAUGACAUUUUUAGAAAACAUUCUUAUCUACUUAUUGUUGUAAUAUAAAUAUACGUUUUGAUGCAAUAAUAUUAAAAAGUUUUUGACAAAUUAUAUUAAAUCUCAUUUUUGUAUAAAAAUUUCAGUGGAUAUUGAAUACAAAUUUUCAAAAUAACGUCAUUUGAUCUAUAACACAGUAAAAUAUUAUUUGAAAAUAGUAGUCACAAAAAAUAACAAAUUAAAAGAAAAGAAAGUGAUUUUCAUUUGAUUUGAGAAAUUUUAGUACAGAAAUUUUCAAAAAUUUGACAUUGAAAUAUAAAUACAAAACGUGUACAGUACACAUUUUGUGAUUUUGAUGAACAAAAACUUGAAUUAUUCUCAAAUUUUGAUUUAUUCAAUUUAUUUUGAGAAAUUUGUCUAUUGCAAUAAUCAAAACUUCUGACAUGUUUUAUUUUGAAAUAGAACCAUAAGUUACGUUAGGUGUACAAUACACUAUUAUUUUUUAAACAAAUAUAAGAAAGUUUUUAUCAAUCAAAAAUAAUUAGGCACAAUAAUGUAUAUAACUAUAUAUAAUAUAGACCUCAAAGAUGUUCAAACGAUUGUUCAAUUUAUAUUGAGACCUUUUUGGAGGUUUUUGCUUUAAAAACUGGUCUAUACAUACACAAGUACCCGUACAUGUCUCCAUAUCUUUUGAACGUCAAAACCGAAUUAAAAAAUUGAUAAGCGUCAAUAAAAUGAUUAUAUAGCGGUAAUAAAGGACAAUUAAUAAAAUAAAUAGAGGAACUAAUAGGGGAAAAAACUGAAUUUGAUAUCAAAAAGAAAUAUAAAAAUAUGAAGAAUACUUGAUAUUUAAUGAGUAUAAUUAUCUUUUGAGUGGUUAGAAAAGAUAUUUAUGAAUUUUUUUGUGGAAUUGAGAGUAUUUUCAUGAUAAAAAUAUGUAAAUUUAAUUUUGGAACAAAAGUGAUUGAUUCGGUGUUGUAAUUCUGAAGAUACCUACACUUCCGGUCAAAAGUUUUCGAUUACCCUAUAGUUUGCGUGAUAUACAACAAAUAUUAUAACAAUAAUAAAACUACAGUUUGUAAUUAUUACAAAUUUAAAUUUUUGCUUCAUCGAUAUAAUCCUCUUUUGCUUUUAUUAUUUCGGUGCACAAUUUUGGCAUUCUCUGUAACAGUUUUUAUAAAUAAUCGUCGAAUAUUUGGUUUCAUUCGUUUUUCGGGAUAUUCCAAAGAUGUAAGAGAGAAGUAGAUUACUGCUUUCUGACUACCCUGUCCAAUUUGUCCCACAACAAUUCAAUCGAAUUGAGAUCGGGCGAUUGUGACGGCUAAAUCAUUAUUUUCAGUACAUUCUUCCUCUACAUACUCUUUGUAUAGCUUUGAGGAAUUCUUAGGAUCAUUGUCAUGCUGGAAGAUAAUUAUCAGGCGCUGGCUAGAAGGUAUUACAUUUUCCUUUAAUAUUUUUCACCUCUUUCUUUGUUCAAAAUCCUUUCAAUUUUCACCAGGUAAAACAUCUCCCAAACAUCAUAGAUCCUUUACAGUCGGUAUUAUCAAAGGAUCUAUCAUCUAUUCUUGUUUUGAUCUGCUUUUCUAGACCCAAAAACCUCUAACUUUGAUUUAUCACUCCAUAAAGCUUCCUUCUACUUUUUAUGCCUUCACUUUCUAUAUUCUUUAGUCCACUGCUUCUUCUCUUAUUUCUAACGCAUUAGAAGAAGUUUCUUCACUGCCACCUUACCAAACACGUUUUCAAUGUAGAAGUAGAAGGCUGAUCUCUAGGUUCAUUGAUCUGAGCUGCUAUCUCUGGGGCAGAAGACCGGCCGUCUUGAACAUUUUCUAUCGCCAAAGAUUCUGGUGGAUGCCUAUUUUUUCACGUUGUAGUCCACGGUACGUCGAGGUAUUUUUAAUUCGACGGCAAUGGUACGAUUAGUUUUUCCUGAACUAUGAAGACUUGCGAUUAAUGCACGAUUUGUUCCUAGGCCUUACCCAUUUUAAAACUUACAAGUCUGAAUUUGCUAGGACGAAUACAAUUCGUAUACAAACUCACGAAAAGAUGUCUUAGUCAAAAAAGUAUAAACUACAAUCACAAACACUAUAAUUGACAGUUAAAGAAUAAACAAAUCAGCCGGUACUUACAAGUUUUAAUUUGUCGCACUCACCGACAAAAUAUAAACAUGCGUAUAAAUCAAACAUUUAUAGUGUGGGCCAAAACUUUUGACAGGUAGUGUAACUUUGAACAGGCAGGGUAUUUUAACAGACGAAUUUCUUCAGCGUUUUUCAUGUAAAUUUUCAACAAAGUUGACAUAUUGAUACCCUUAUGUAAAUUUUGUAAUUAUGUAGGUUAAGCCUUGAUAUCUAUAUACAUAAAGAGAAAGAAAAGAGGGAGUUGUUUUUUUUAGGAUUGUAUUAGAUCUCAUUAUUGUCUUGAUAGACAUUUUAGUAUUAUUUUUAUUUAGUAAAACCGUCGUUGAAACAAAUUAUGACCUCACGGAUAACAAAUUCUUUUACACACAUCAAUAUUAAGGAAUUGUAUUUCGACUAACUUAUUUCAAAAAAUUUCUAAAUACAUCUCCAAUGUUCUCUAACUUUAUGAUUAAUUUGUUAGUUUUGCCAAAAUAAUAUCCAGGUGCAGUUUAAUUAACCAGAUUUUUAAUUUUGAAGAAGUAAAGGUUGAAUUGAGUUAUUGGUGUAAUUCUCACUUAAAAAUUUAUAUAAAUUUUUUGCACACAAAAAAUAACAAGAUGCAGGGAACGAAAGACCCUAGUGUCAAACUUACAUCCAUUAUAACAAAAUAAUUUGUAUAUUUUGAGGUUAUGAUUUGUUGUUCUCCGAUGUACUUUUUUGUUGGCUCAGUUACGUCUUUAUACAACCAAAGAUUGUUAAUUGUAUAGUAUUUAUGUAAAUAUAAAUUACCAGGGGAUGUAAAAUACCCCCUAGAGAUCGAAAAUCGCCCGCGGAUGAUUUUAAACGGCGUUUUUCAAUUUCUAAAUUUACAAGGUAAAUGCUUCCUGUUAAACAUUACAGUAUAAUAUCGAUAAGUACAAAUGGUUGUUUAAUGAAAAAAGAUGCAGUUGACAGUAUCGUCAGUAUUAUUUGUCAACUGUGGUUCCAAAAAAAAAUGAAGCUACCUCUGAUGCGUUCAGCAACUCUGAUUUAGAAAAGUUGAGUGGAAAAAUAUUUUUAAUAGUGUAAAAUCGAUGCAAUAUGGCAGAUAUCAACUUGAAUAAUUGCGAGAUUACUGUCAAUUACUGAAUUGCUCUUGUAGAGACUCUUGAAGAUAUCACACUACAUGACAUGUUGUCCAGUGACACAGAUUGUCCCCUUGCGACAAAUAUUAAACAGGUUACAGUUGAUGAUGUGUAUGUCCCUGAAAAUAUAUUCCUUUUUAUAGAUCACUGUUUGCCUCAAUUUCAUUUCUUUUUUUGUUGUGGUUAUUGAAGUUAAAUUGUCUGCAUAUGCAAUUAUUUGUUGUUCAUGGUGAUAAAUGAGCCCUGUUGUUUGUAUCUUGCCAUAUUGUUAAAUUUUUUCCAACAUCAGAUUAAAAGUCACUGUCCAUAUUGCGAUCUCUUCAUUUCAAUCCCUUUUCAAGCCUAAAUUUGUCUGAUACAACUCCAUCAGUCAUUACUUUGCUGUGUGAGUUAUCUAAUGUCAUCUUGACUAAUUUCACAAUGUUUUUUAGUAGAUUAAAGGCAGCAUACAUUUUAUUUCUAUUUACUGUCUCAUAAACCUGCUUAAAAUCUUUCGAACAUAAUAUUUCUAAAUUUAAAAUAAUUCUUCAGUGUUUUUUCCACUUAACUUUUUUAUUCUCAUGAUACUAGUUAUAAUGUUCAACCAAUAUUUUUAUUUGUCUUUCAUUUAUAACCAUUCGCUUGUUGGUUGAAUGUUGAAAACCGACUGAUAAUUUAUUGUAAAAAGUAUAAUCAAAUUGAAAAAAAAAUAAUGCAUUAGUAAGUAUGCAAUAUUAGGAUUUAAAUAACAUCAAUAAUCAAAAUUUGGAUAUUUUGUCCAAUCAAAAAAAUAUAUAUAAGAAGCGGCAAUACGUUUUUAGAUUUUUUUUAUUGACCAGUGAUUGGAUUGUUUUUCUUUUUGUUAAGUUACAUUGUCUGUGAUUAUUAUUAUAAUUUUAGCGAGAGGACUUCUUGUAAAUGUUCGUUACAGAUAAACACAUUCAAAUUUCAUAGUAAAUUAAUUCUAUUUGAUCUUAAAAAUUUCAAAAUAUACUAAUAAAUUUAGUUUUAUACUGACUAAUGAAUUUUUGUCUUCAAUGUAAAAAGACAAAUGUGCAAAAAUAUAUUUUAUAAAAAAAUUAUUAAUGUUGCAUAAUUCACUAUUAUAUGCUAAAGAAUAAUUAUUGGGGAUAUUGAAAUUCAACCUUCACGAAGCUUUAAAUAGUGGAAGUUUGGUCAAAAGUAGUUACAUGAAAAUUUGUUGUUUAUUUGUAACUUAUAAGGUCCUCGAUGUUUAAAUGUGUCAAGUGCCACUGUUUUUUUUUUAAUAUUUAGUUGUUUUUUACGGAGUUAGGAUUGUAAAUAUUCGGCAGCAUUCCAUUCCUUAAAGGUAAUUUUAUAUUAAAUUGAUUGUUGUGUUGUGUUUAGUGUAAAUUAGUUAGAGAAAGUGUACAUAUUGCCAAAAAGACAAAUCGAUUAGUUCUUUAUUUGUUGAUUAAAACAAUUUCAGUCUGUCAGUGUAUUGAUAAUUUAUGAUUAUUUUUAUGAUAAAUAAAGAUAUUUGUAA